GGAAUCUUUGGGCAAGCAAGUUGAUACUGGACUGACUGUUGAUGAUAUACACUGGGUGCUUACUGUCCCAGCAAUAUGGAAUGACGCGGCUAAACAGUUCAUGAGGGAAGCAGCUGAAAAGGCGGAACUGUUGACAUCACUGUUCAUGAAGUCACUGAUAGUGGUGAGUUAAAGGAACUACACAAGGCAAGUGGAGGGGCCUGGGGAGGAACAAACUUGAUCAGGCUUAUGAAGAGUUUCUCACAAACAUUGUUGUUGCUGCACAAGAAUUCCACAGCUGUUGUGUAAUAUGAUCUGAAGUUCAAGUAAUGAGUUGCUGCAGAAGAAUUCAACACCUGUUGUGCAUUAUGGUAUUGGUAUUUAGCUGAAGUUAAGGUCAUGAGUAUUUCAGUUGCUGCAGAAGAAUUCCACACCUGUAGUUGUGUAUUAUGAUCUGAAGUUCAAGUCAUGAGUUGCUGCAGAAGAAUUCAACAGUGUUGUGUAUAAUGAUAUUGGUAUUCAACUGAAGUUCAGAUCAUGAGUACUUCUGAUGAAAGCACUUGCGUUUUAUGUGGCGUUAGAGACGACAACCCCACUUCAGUUCUUGGCGACAGGGGAUGCCAGAGCAUCAUAGCAGCCAGCAAGAAUAAGGGUCGAACGUUGGUCGUCUCACCUGGACAGUAAGUUCACAAGGAUUGCAGGAGGAUUUACUGCCACCCCAAUCAGAAUCGUCUCAAUAGCAGCAGCAAAGAAAAUUUAUAUACAAGUCCAAGUACUAGACAGUCAUUAGAAUUAUCAUUUGACUUUCAAACGAAGUGUUUUUUUCUGUGGAACAAAUGCAACACAUAAACAACAUAAACGUAAACGAGGUAGCGAUGUUCACCCUGUUUUAACAUUAGAGUUUCAAAAGUCUAUUAAAGAUGUUUGUUUAGAAAGAAAUGAUGAUUGGGGUGAUAUAGUAUUAGGCCGAUUAGAAUGUGUCUGUGAUCUUCCUGCUGCUGAAGCUAGAUAUCACCAGUCUUGUAGUUCUAAUUUUAGGUCUGGAUAUAAAAUUCCAAAAUGUUUUCAGUCACCAGUGACAGAUGAUGGAGCACCAUAUGAGACGGACCAGUACAGCAAGACAAAGAAAGGCAGACCUGCUUGCGUUUGUGCUGACAAUGCCUUCAAAACUGUUUUGGAAGAAUUUGAGGAAACUGAAAUUAGGUUUACCACAAUCAGCGACUUGGUACAAAAAUGGCAUCCAUUUGUGGUGAAGAUAACUCGUACAGCACAACAUAUAUGAAAAGAAGAAUGCUAGAGCAUUAUGGUAAUAGUAUUAUAAUUACAGAAUUGAAUGGAAAAUCCAAUGUUGUUACUUUCAGAAGUAGAGCCCAUGCUAUUUUACAUAACUAUUAUCACAGACAAAAUAAAAAUGACAGUGAAAGUGAGAAACUGGCAAUCAUAAAGACAGCAGGAAAACUGAUUCUGAAUGACAUCAAAGAUAUGGAGGAAAAUGCAGAGAUAUACCCAUCUGCAAAUGAUAUGUCAACUGAAGGCAACAGAAAAUAUGUACCUCCUAGUCUAGUAACAUUAUUACAGCAACUCAUUGACCAAAAGGACCCAGAGAGAAUUAUCACAGCUAUUAGCCAAGCAAUUGUCCAAGCAGCGAUUCCUAGAAGUAUAAUAUGUCCUCUCCAGCUUGGAUUAGGUGUUCAGUUACAUCACCAGUUUGGAUCAAGAAUUCUCAUAGAGACCCUAAACAGUCUAGGCUUCUGCUCUUCUUACCAAGAAGUACAAAAAUACGAGAAAUGUGCAGCAUAUACUCAAGGCAAUGCAGUUGACAGGAACAAUGUUGAACAGUAUGUACAAUUUGUUGCUGACAAUAUAGAUCACAACACUACGACGAUUGACGGCCAUAACACAUUCCAUGGAAUGGGCAUAAUUGCAACAUUUACACCAAAGGACAACAAAAGACGAGUUGUGCCCAGGAUACAAGUAACAAAUGAAGAGCUUGUCAAAAUUGGGAAAAUCAAUACAAAAUAUUAUAAACAAAAUGACAAUGUCCUUGAAAAUGUCAUAUUUGAGAAGCUGUUGGAUAUAGAUUGUGAGGAUCCUAUACCUGGAAACUUCGAGUUUCUUGUUAAAAUUACACGCCCACUAAGACCAAUGACACCAAGCUGGUCUGGAAUCAUGCAAACUGUUCAGAAGGGUGAACAUCCAGGAGAGUCCAAAGUCCAGUUCCUUCCCAUGGUAGACAUGAACCCAAGUGAUAUGUCCUGCAUAUAUUCCACCUUGACAUACGUUGCACAGCAAGCCCGUUUGAUGAACAUUGACCCUGUCAUAACAUUUGACCAACCACUGUAUUGGAAGGCCAUGACUAUCAUAACAAACGAACCAGAUUCUAGUGAGCUGAAGAGAGCUGUAAUCAGACUUGGUGCCUUUCAUAUGGAAAUGAGUUUCUUGGGGUGUAUAGGGAAGAUUAUGGAAAAUAGCGGUCUUUCAGAACUACUAAGCACUGUAUAUGCUCCAAACACUGUUUGCCAUAUGCUAAGUGGAAAGGCGGUUCAGAGGGCAAUUAGAGGUCAUUUCUUGGCCAGUGAUGCACUUGACCAGCUCAUUAUGGAGAAGACAUUUCCUGAGUUAAUGGAAACGCAGUAUACAGAUGAGAAUAACAAUCAUGCUGAAACAGGGAGAAGCAAUGAUGAAGCCUACUCACCUGAACAUAGAAAAUUAGUCACAAUUUUUGAAAGUGUACUCGAGCAGAAAAUUGAUCAACGGCUACUAGUAACUGAAGACAAUGUAAAUCUUAAAGAAAUGGUUGACAAAGUUGAAAGUACUAAGCAUACAUUGAAAAGUUCCAGAACUGCAAAAUUAUGGCUACAAUACUUAGAAAUGAUCAGUGAAACUGAAACAGUUUAUCGCAGCUGAAAGGAU